ACCUGGUAAAAGCCGAUUCCAAUGUCCCGGAAAUUCUGCACUCCGAUUCGAAUCAUGACCCCUUUGUGGCAAUACACGUCCAUGACUUAGCGAGUCUGGUUUUGAUACCGCGAUGGCAUUGUGUAUUGUAGUGGAAGAAGAUAAAGCAAGUUCCAGCUGUCGAGAAGGCAGUUACUGGCCUUGAACACUUCGCGGUCUUUCCAUGCCGGAUGGUCUCAGGAGCUGGUAAGCUCGAUGAAACCGUUGAUAAAUCGAAUAAUGAACCGGAGAGUCUUGAAUUUAUCACAACAGCUUUCAUCAUUUUCUUAGCAAUGGAACCAGUUAUCCUGCCGGCCUUGAGAGACGCAUUAAUCAAAUGAUGGGCUAGGGUCUUGCAAUCUUGGAGGUCGAAGAUUCUCCGAUCUUGUUUCCAUGGCUUCUUGUACAGGUGCCUGAGCAAGUCGAGAAUACCACGGCGGAUUUGAAACUUGAUGUUAGGGUUGAUGACGCUGACACAUGUAGCUUGACGAGCUUCCACGCAUUCUUCUUCCGUUAUCUCUUCCCAUUCAUCUUCAUCUUCCGUGCUUUGACGAGCUUCCAGACAUUCUUCAGUCGUGAGCUCUUCCCAUCCUUCAUCAACUUCUUCGUUUUGACGGGUUUCCAGACAUUCUUCAGUCGUUAAAUCUGUCCAUUCUCCGCCGUCUUCUUCGUUUUUUUGAGCUUCGGGAGCUUCGGCAGGCACAAUGUCCUCCCAAUCGUCUUCACUAUCUGACAAGCCGAUGAUAUCGACUUCACUUUCGGAUCCAUGUUUUAUUUGAAACCAGUCCCCAUCGGUAUUUUCAAUGGCUGCAAAGCCAUGAUCAGUAUCAUAUUGAGACUUGACGGAUGAGUUUCUCAAUUCCGAGCGUGAAGCAUCAUUGAACGACAUGUUUGCAGAUUUACAGUGUACAGUU